UAUCUGGUUCUAUAUCUUUCAACUCCACUGAUGGAAACACCGACACCAUCAAACACCCCAGAAUUGGAUAUGUGGAUCAGUUGGACGUUCUACCGUCUAUGCUUACCGUCGAGGAGGCUCUCAUGUUUGCUGCUGAUCUACGAUUGCCGGACUAUGUGACCAUCGAACACAAGAGGGCAAAGGUAGUUCAGAGCGCCGAGGCAUCUCUGGUGGAGAGCAAAGGCGACUCAGACCCUCUAAUAAUAGCCACUGACUUAUUUGGACUAGGUCUCGACUCUGUCUCAGCAAACAAGGUCGUCUCUGUGCUCCGCGAUUUGGCUCACAAUCCAGAGAAUCCUACUGCGAUCCUCGCUUCGAUCCAUCAACCAAACUCCAAAUUAUAUCAGAUGUUCGACAAGGUGUUAUUGCUCUCCAAAGGAAGAGAGCUGUAUUUCGGUCCGGGAGGACUCGCCGCGAAUGACUAUUUCGCUCGUCAAGGCCAUCCAGCUCAGCCGGGAUAUAAUGUCGCAGAUCAUCUCCUCGACAUUGCCUCAGACCCACCACAAGAAGUCCUUACUCAUGCCAGGCGCCAGUCUGCAUCCAAAAACUCUGCUACGACAGCAACUGGAACUGAAGAAAGACUGAAUGGUCAUACAACAGGGGAAUAUCCAGAUGCCGAAGCCUCAAAAGGUAACUCGACCGUGGUUCUUGAGAAGAGUGGUUCGCAACCCCCCAAGGAUGCAGGAAAGGCUUUCAAAUUGGGUUCUGCUCGCCUUACUUCCAAUUAUGCGUCCACAUUCUUGACUCAACUACAAGUCCUUUGUGGAAGAGAAUGGAAAAUUCUCAGAAGGUCCGUAUUAAAUAGUAGGGCCUGA